AUGUUAUACAACAGGUUAAUUAGUAGCUUUGAAUAAAUAUGUGCAACGUUGUUAAUUUUAUUGUUCGAUUUUGUAAAUCAUUUUUUUUUCCAAAUAAUUUAUUUAGAUGGAUUAAGAAAUCUUUGCAUUAGUUGUUUUCAUUAUAAAAUCUUUAAUUAUUGGAUUCAUGAAUUAAGUGCUUCAAAUGAUAAGAUUUCAAUUAACGUAGAAUACUUGAUAACUAUAAUUUUCAGUCUAAUUGGAAUAAUUUACAACAAAUUUGAGAAUUAACUAUUUCCAGUUAUAUGCAUUGCAGAAAUUUGCCUUUUAUUAAUAUUUAUAAAAGAAUCUUCUCAUCUAUCUCAUUUAAUAUAUGAUGCAUAUAAAAUAAUGAGUUUGAUUUUUAUGUUAAAUAUAUACUUAACAUAAUUGAAUCUUAAAUAAUGA